CACUGACUGGCAGCACUGAUAGGUGGCACUGACUGGCAUUGAUAGGUGGCACUGACUGGCACUUAUGGGUGACACUGAAAGGCAGCUCAGAUGGGCACUGAUAUGUGGCAUUGAUUGAUGUGGCACUAAUGGGCAUGGAUGGGCACUGGCAGGUGGCAUGGAUGAGCACUGAGAGCUGGCACUGAUGGACACUGACAGGUGGCGCUGCUGGGGCUACACAGAUCAUCAGGGCUCACUGAUCAUCAGUGCUCUGAUGAUCUCUGUCAGCAUGACAGCUCGUGUGGAGAGGAAUGCCGAUAACUGGAAUUUCCCUGUUUACAUGUGGUCAGCUGUGAUUGGACAGCAUGUU